GUGCACUGUGUGCAGGCAUCUCUAAUGCAGCUUCCUGCAGCUUUUUGUGCCAUUUGAUCGCUGCUGUCAUAUAGUUGCUGUUAUACGGAACAAACUGCUGCUGUCUCAGCACUUUAUAGGUGGUUUCGUGUCUCAGUGUUACACAAUAUCACUGACCAUGAACAAGAUGAAGAAGAAGCUGCCUGAGCGGAUCCUAAAUCACAUCCUGGAGAUUCUCUACCUGCUGACGGGAGAGCGUGUGACUAACUCACUGACAGUGAGUGACAUGACCGGGGACAAGAUGACAACAGAGAGGAUACUGACCCACACCCUGCAGAUCAUGUACCUGCUGACAGGGGAGGUGCCUAUAAAGUGUGAUGAUGUUGCUGUGUAUUUCUCUAUGGAGGAGUGGGAGUAUAUAGAGGGACACAAGGAGCUUUACAAGGACGUCAUGAUGGAGACUCACCAAGGACUAAGUACUAUGGAAAUCCCAGGAAAUGAGAGCUCAGAACUAACAGGUCACAGUGAUGAAAAUCUAGACACAGGAACACAAAGAGAACUUGUACAGAAUAUUCAGCCAUCAGAUGUCUCUGCAAGUGAAAAUGAUGCUAAGAUUUCAUGUAACACGGAACAAACAGAAGAUCAGUGGCAAAGAAAUAUAACAGAAGCUGCAGAGCAGGAAAUAUGUGACAAUAUAAGUACAGGUGAAUUCACAAACUGCAAUAAUCCAAGUCAUGAUCAGGGUGCAGAUGCUUCUUUACAUUUUCUUCAAAAUCAAAGAAGCCACUUGGGAAAUGUAUGUUCUGAAUGUGGGAAAAGUUUUCUUAAGAAAUCACAUCUUCUUAAACAUCUUAAAAUUCAUACAGGAGAAAAGCUAUUGUCCUGUUCUAUAUGUGGGGAAUGUUUUAACCAUAAAACAAAUCUUGAUGUUCAUCAGAAAAUUCAUACAGGAGAAAAAGGAUUUUUAUGUUCUUACUGUGGGAAAUAUUUUACUCAGAAAUCACAUCUAACUGUUCAUCAGAGAAUUCACACAGGAGAGAAAGCAUUUUCUUGUUCUGACUGUGGGAAAUGUUUUACUCGGAAAUCAGAUCUUAUUAGGCAUCAGAAAAUUCACAGAGGAGAGAAAGAAUUUUCAUGUUCCGACUGUGGGAAAUGUUUUACUCAGAAAUCGUAUCUUAUUGAUCAUCAGAAAAUUCACACAGGUGAAAAUGAUGCUAAGAUUUCAUGUAACACGGAACAAACAGAAGAUCAGUGGCAAAGAAAUAUAACAGAAGCUGCAGAGCAGGAAAUAUGUGACAAUAUAAGUACAGGUGAAAAUGAUGCUAAGAUUUCAUGUAACACGGAACAAACAGAAGAUCAGUGGCAAAGAAAUAUAACAGAAGCUGCAGAGCAGGAAAUAUGUGACAAUAUAAGUACAGGUGAAUUCACAAACUGCAAUAAUCCAAGUCAUGAUCAGAGUGCAGUUGCUUCUUUACAUCUUCUUCAAAAUCAAAGAAGCCACUUGGGAAAUGUAUGUUCUGAAUGUGGGAAAAGUUUUCUUAAGAAAUCACAUCUUCUUAAACAUCUUAAAAUUCAUACAGGAGAAAAGCUAUUGUCCUGUUCUAUAUGUGGGGAAUGUUUUAACCAUAAAACAAAUCUUGAUGUUCAUCAGAAAAUUCAUACAGGAGAAAAAGGAUUUUUAUGUUCUUACUGUGGGAAAUAUUUUACUCAGAAAUCACAUCUAAUUGUUCAUCAGAGAAUUCACACAGGAGAGAAAGCAUUUUCUUGCUCUGACUGUGGGAAAUGUUUUACUCAGAAAUCAAAUCUUAUUAAGCAUCAGAAAUUUCACACAGAUGAAAAGGGAUUUUUAUGUUCUGACUGUGGGAAAUGUUUUACUCAGAAAUCAGAUCUUAUCAGGCAUCAGAAAAUUCACACAGGAGAGAAAGAAUUUUCAUGUUCUGACUGUGGGAAAUGUUUUACUCACAAAUCAGAUCUUAUUAGGCAUCAGAAAAUUCACAAAGGAGAGAAAGAAUUUUCAUGUUCUGACUGUGGGAAAUAUUUUACUCAGAAAUCAUAUCUUAUUGAUCAUCAGAAAAUUCACACAGGUGAGAAAGCAUUUUCUUGUUCUGACUGUGGGAAAUAUUUUACUCAGAAAUCACAUCUAAUUGUUCAUCAGAGAAUUCACACAGGAGAGAAAGCAUUUUCUUGUUCUGACUGUGGGAAAUGUUUUACUCAGAAAUCAAAUCUUAUUAAGCAUCAGAAAUUUCACACAGGUGAAAAGGGAUUUUUAUGUUCUGACUGUGGGAAAUAUUUUACUCAAAAAUCACAUCUAAUUGUUCAUCAGAGAAUUCACACAGGAGAGAAAGCAUUUUCUUGUUCUGACUGUGGGAAAUGUUUUACUCAGAAAUCAAAUCUUAUUAAGCAUCAGAAAAUUCACACAGAUGAAAAGGGAUUUUUAUGUUCUGACUGUGGGAAAUGUUUUACUCAGAAAUCAGAUCUUAUUAGGCAUCAGAAAAUUCACACAGGAGAGAGAGAAUUUUCAUGUUCUGACUGUGGGAAAUGUUUUACUCAGAAAUCAGAUCUUAUUAGGCAUCAGAAAAUUCACACAGGAGAGAAAGAAUUUUCAUGUUCUGACUGUGGGAAAUGUUUUACUCAGAAAUCAGAUCUUAUUAGGCAUCAGAAAAUUCACAAAGGAGAGAAAGAAUUUUCAUGUUCUGACUGUGGGAAAUAUUUUACUCGGAAAUCAUAUCUUAUUGAUCAUCAGAAAAUUCACACAGGUGAAAAUGAUGCUAAGAUUUCAUGUAACACGGAACAAACAGAAGAUCAGUGGCAAAGAAAUAUAACAGAAGCUGCAGAGCAGGAAAUAUGUGACAAUAUAAGUACAGGUGAAUUCACAAACUGCAAUAGUCCAAAUCAUGAUCAGAGUGCAGAUGCUUCUUUACAUCUUCUUCAAAAUCAAAGAAGCCACUUGGGAAAUGUAUGUUCUGAAUGUGGGAAAAGUUUUCUUAAGAAAUCACAUCUUCUUAAACAUCUAAAACUUCAUACAGGAGAAAAGCUAUUGUCCUGUUCUAUAUGUGGGGAAUGUUUUAACCAUAAAACAAACCUUGAUGUUCAUCAGAAAAUUCAUACAGGAGAAAAAGGAUUUUUAUGUUCUUACUGUGGGAAAUAUUUUACUCAGAAAUCACAUCUAAUUGUUCAUCAGAGAAUUCACACAGGAGAGAAAGCAUUUUCUUGUUCUGACUGUGGGAAAUGUUUUACUCAGAAAUCAAAUCUUAUUAAGCAUCAGAAAAUUCAUACAGGAGAAAAAGAAUUUUCAUGCUCUCACUGUGGGAAAUGUUUUAAUCAGAAAUCAGAUCUUAUUAGGCAUCAGAAAAUUCACAAAGGAGAGAAAGAAUUUUCAUGUUCUGACUGUGGGAAAUAUUUUACUCGGAAAUCACAUCUUAUUAGCCAUCACAAAACUCAUUUUACUCAGAAACCAGUGUUUAACCUCCUAAGUGCAGAGGGUGAUACGUAGUUGUCAGCCACACAAUACCAAGUGCUGAUGAUGACUGCAUGUGACCCCUUGGGGCGUGCAGUUUUGGAGAAGUUUGAGGCCCUUUCUGCACCUCAAGCGUUUAUGAGGUGACCCCAUGGUGGAUUUGAAUUAAAUCACUAGUCAUUAAUCGCAAAUUAAAUAAUGUUUUUCAUUUUUAGAAUAAUAA